UUUGAUUUGUAAUUGUUUAAAGAAAUGAAGUGUUGAGCGCGGCCAUGGUCUCAGCUGCUGCACACUGCUUGGGUGUCUGGGCAAUCCAUGGGCAGCAGCAAGGGCCACGAUGAUAGAUUAUGGCGAGGAGCAGCGCAAUGAGCUGGAGGCUCUGGAGUCUAUCUACCCCAACUCCUUCACAGCUUGGUUGCACAUUGAUCCAACCCUGCUAACAAUCAGUCUUCCAAAAUAUAAAUGGACUCCCUUGACACCACAUUCUCCUUCAGUAGUGCUUCACUUGACAAGGUCCUGCUAAGUGUUAUCAGAAAAUCCACCCAGCUUCACUAUUACUGAGACAUGGGAGGCUGGAGAAAAUGAUGAAACUGUCCAGACUAUCCUCAAGUUUACAUACAGUGAAAAAUACCCAGAUGAAGCUCCCCUUUAUGCAAUAUUCUCCCAGGAAAAUCUAGAAGAUAAUGAUAUCUCAAAUAUUUAAAAAUUAUUAGCAUUACAGGCUGAAGAAAAUCUUGGUAUGGUGAUGAUCUUUACUCUAAUGACAGCUGUGCAAGAAAAAAUAAAUGAAAUAGUAGAUCAGAUAAAAACUAGAGGAGAAGAAAACAAACAGAAAGAAAAAGAAGCAGAAGCUGAAAAGCAAUUAUUCCAUGGCACUCCUGUUACAAUUGAGAAAGUCUUAAAUUGGAAGGCUAAGUUUGAUGCAGAACUUUUGGAAAUUAAAAAGAAACAGAUGAAAGAAGAACAAGCAGGAAAAAAUAAAUUAAGUGGGAAACAGUUAUUCGAAACAGAUCAUAAUCUUGACACAUCUGAUAUCCAGUUCUUGGAGGAUGCUGGAAACAAUGUGGAAGUAGACAAGUCCUUGUUCCAGGAAAUGGAUGACUUGGAGCUGGAGGAUGGUGAGGAUGAUGCAGACUACAAUCCUUCUGACCCAGGGAGGGACUCAACUACCUGAUGGACUGUCCCCAUCUGCAGAGAGGCUUGACUGCCACAGCAUCUGUGACUAUGCUCAGAGGGUUUUGAUCUUCCUUUCUUUUUUUUCUAAGAAAAAAUAUUUUUCAGGAGAAAAUCUUCUGAUAGCUUUCAUCAUUGAACUUAAUAAACUGACCUUAAAAUUUCAAAAAAAAAAAAAAAAGAAAAGAAAGAAAUGAAGUGUUGUCUAAAGGCUUGGAAUGUUUUAAGCUAAUAAAGUCUGUUAAUUAGAGACAGGUCACCAGACAUACACCAGACUCAAGUGAUCCAUUAAGUAAAUUGAGGACCUGCAGGUGUGGUUUGAGCUUUGUCUUGCAUAGCCUUCAGCCUCUUAAUGAGUUACAAAGGAUACCUCCAAGAAAGGAGGGGACCACGAUGAGGCAUCUCUCAUCUCCCUUCUCAUGACUAGCAAGUCAGAAUUAGUGUAUUUCUGCGGUCCCCUUGGUGAAGAGGGGUCCAUUCAGUCAGCUGGUAGAAAGGCUCAGGAUUUUAUUUUAGCUUACAAUUCCUCCCUUUUGGCCAGAAUCUACCAGAAAUAGUAUCAAUGACCAAACACUUAUUUUGUCCCAUCAUUGCCAGGGUUAGCUAUGUAGUUUUUAAAAUGUAUUUCAACUUCUUUAUGCUUGAGUUUUCUUGUUGAUAAAAUGAAGGAUACUCUUUUGAGAUUUAUGAAGUUAAAUGUGAUAUCUAUCUAUGUGAUAUUGCUAUGAUUAUCUACCUUUUUAAAUUUCAAGAUAUUACAAGGGUACACAUGUUUUGUUGUAUGUUUGAAUUUCGCUAUGCCUGAGUCAGGGUUAUAAGUGUGAUCAUCACCCACAUAGUGUUCAUUGUACCCAUUAAGUGGGUUUUUGCAAAUCCUCUCCUCUCCCAUCCCCUUUACUUGAUUACCACUGAGUUUUAUUCCCCUCAGUACACAUGUGUGUUCAUCGGAAGUUUCCAAUUUAAUACCAUGUGUUCCGUGUAAAAGAAUGUUUAUUUUUCCAUUCCCUGGAUACUUCACUUAGGAUAAUUAUCUCUCAUUCCAUCCAAAUUGUUGCAAAAGCCUUAACCCAUCCUUAUUCAUAGCUGCAUAGUAUUCCAUAGACCACAUUUUAUUAACCCAGCCAUGAAUUGAUGGGCACUGGAUUGAUUUCACAUCUUUACAAUUGUGAGUUGUGCUU